AUUAAUAGUUUUAUGUUAAAUUGAUUGUAAGAUGAACAAUCAGUCCUGCGAGGAUUAACGUUUCCUGUAAAAUAACCCAAUAAACAGAAUUGCCUACUGUACCAUUAACGUUUCUCAUAUUUACUUGUAUCUUAUUGCCAUAGAUUAACAUGCAAUUUUGUUUUUGUCAACUACAACUGUGUCUUAUUUAGUAUUCAAUUAAUUCCAUGUUAAUACGUGCUUAUAUCCAUUCCAAUUUGUGAUUUAUACCUUUUCAAAUCUGUGGAAACCCUUAAAUUAUCUGUGAAACCAGGAUUUCUGCUACAUUAACUUCGUUUGUGAAUUAUUGGUGAACAAUUGGAAGACUUCAAUUUUCUGUGGUUUGUCACCACCAUCAAUCAGCUGAGGAAAUUAUUGAAAAAAUUAUUGCUGAUUACAUCAUGUAAUGGUGUUUUUUUGGGUUGGUUUUAAUAAUAAUGUGACUUGAUUGUCUUCGGUUGUAAGAAAUCUUAGAUGAAGCCCACAAUUUCAUAAAUGUUCAUUCAUUCAUGUCAUUUUUCAUAUAUUUUUGUGACUAUUACUACCUAGAUUAUAAUCACACAGAUGGCUUUGGUUCAACAUCUAUUUACUAACAAUUAGUCCAUUGUUCCCAAAAGGUGUUAUCAUAAAUAUCACAAUUAACCUGUUGUUCAUCUCAAGGUUACCUAUCACCCCUCAAUUAACCGAUUGUUUGUGGCCAUUUUAUACGACAUCAUAUCAGAAGCUUUAUUUACAUGUUAUUUUACAUCCCUUCGAGACACAAUCGCAAAUAAAUGAACACAAUUAUAUUAUAUUUACUGGGAUGUAAUUUACAAGUUUAAUGUUAUUAACAUAACCUUUUGCUGAUCGGUUAAGAAGCUAAUCUACGAUUAAUAAUUAGCAUAACCUUACAGCGAGCCUUAUAUCGACUUAUAUCGCCAGCCAGCUUUAUUAUAAUGGGCAACUAACCUCUCAACUGUUAUGGUAACCAAAUUAGUAAAACAAAAUCAAACCAACUCUAAUCAAUUGAUAAACAAAUGUCCACACUGAGCUUCAUUGUUUAUUCAUCAGUUUUAACCAAGAUUAAAAGGUUGAGGCUGAAUGAAAUGCGCUUCACCGAAUAUGUUGAUCAGUUUAAUUAUUAACACGAAAUCGACUCUUGGAUUGUCAGUUUUUUUGUUAUCAAUCUCAUCAUUUCAAACAGUUUACGGUGUACCUUGCUAUUCAUGUAUAAGUUCAACUACCAACCGUUCCCAGAGUUGUAUCGAUGCUCCAAGAAAUGGUGCACUUGCUGAUUUGGGUUACUGUGAAGGUCGAUUUUGUACCAAAAUCUGGGGAUUUUUAGACGAUGGAACCGACAUUUUAAUCCGAGGUUGUACUGAAACGAUUAGAUCUUCUUGUAACAUGGAAAGGAUUAGUCUAAGAUAUGAUUUAGCCUUAUUUAGCUCACAAUUGGCCGAGAGAUAUUUCACGAGAGGUUGUGCUAAGGCUUGUCGUUGGGCGCUUUGUAAUGCUUCAUCGUACCUAAUCAACAAUCCAAUCAAGUUAAUUUUAUUGUUGUAUCUUACAUUAAUCAUAUGAAAUGUAUCAUUCUCAAAUAAGAUGAAAUAAAUGAACAAAUUAUCAGAA